GCCUCAAGACGUAGGCAAUAAGAGUGGUAAGUUUUUUCAAUGUUUAUCCUGUCAUAUCAUUUACAAUUAGAACUAAUAUUUAGGAAGGUUUCAUUUUGAGUUGAAAGUGAUUCGUCUAAAGCAGUUAGUUUGUAACCGUUCAUUGGAAAAUCGUUUUUAUAAGACUGCCUUGUAAACUCAGCGAUGCGUGGCUUUGAAUAUUUAGUUUUGUAGGAUAGGUGUUGUAAGAGUACGCAGUAAUUUGGAUGUCAAAACUGUGAAGCUUUGUAUAACAAUAGGUAAAGUUUCAUACGUAGCAUGUGAUCGAUUCAUCCUGAAGCUAUGCUGAAAACCAGGUACCCUGCUUGAUCCGUUCAUUUUAACAGUGCUGGCUGCUGUACAUAUAUGAAAUAAGCAAUUUUCCCAAUUUCUGCAUAACAGCUUACUCAGUGGCAAGUGGGAGGCUUUACUGGCAGUUGUGUUACACGUAAUUCCGGGUAGUUUGGUUUCACAUGUCAAGGCUAUAUUUUAAAGAUAAGGUUUGUUACUUGGCUGUACUCUGGACUUUCUUGCUUGUUGAGGCAGGUGGUGACAUAAGGGGCUUGAACCACAAUAGCCUCUUUGAUCUAUUCUAAUUUACCUAGUGGUAGUUGUUAAGAUGCACCUCACCAAUCUGUAAUGUUGUUUGGUAUCAUAUACCGACUCUAAACUUGCGCGUACUUCGUGAAGUUAAGUCCAGUGUUCGAUGCAGAUCGCUGGUGAUUUUAGCGGUAUUUUGUGUUACUAUUAGAGUAGCUCACAGUAGAGAAGUUAAGACAGCAGCCAUUCCGGCACAUCUUCCAACAACCAACUGGUUACUGAUACUAUAAUCAUAUCAGAUUCCGUGCUCUGGAUUUGUUUAACGGGUUCCUGGACAAUUGUGUUUGACUGCUGUAUGAAUAGUGGGUUUAUUGGACCUAGAAAAGCCUGUUUAUAUGAGGAAAGCUUGUCAAGAUAGCUAUUCAUUUUAGAGGAUUGGGGUUUCGGGGUGGAUUUAAAAGUAGUAUUAACAUGAAUGGAACUCAGGACACCAUGGUCUAUGGUUAUAGCAGAAUGGCAUGAUCCAUAGUUAUCUUCCUAACAAUUUUGUGACUCAAAGCUCUUUACUUCUGAUGAAGUCACGGUUCUUGGGGAUUUAGGUGGCUGCUAAAGUUUAGUUUCAUUCUCGAAGUGUUUCAAAUGGUUUCCUGGCAAAGUUAAACUUGAGGCACCAGUAAAUGCCAACAAAAUAACCUUGAGCACAGUAACCACGUGAUAAAUGCGAUUUUCGCAUAUAAAAUACAUGUAUUCUUGAAAAUAAUGAGGUAAAAAGCGUGAAACUUACACAAGAUAUCUUUCUCUGACAUAAGACAAAAAUAGCUACCAGGUUUUGAUCGGAGUAUUAACAGAGUGGGUUAACCACACCCUAUGCAUGGAAUUAUCUGGGUCUCCUAACCCCUAACAAUAACCCUAAUAUCUCGUUAACCCAACCCUAACUUGAAAAUAUCCUUAGACUAACCUUAAUAUAACUCUAACCAAUCCAAAUGUUACCCUCAUUAGGUUAACCUAACCUGUUCUUAGGCUAAACCUUUACGUAGUCGUUCCUAAACCUAACAUGAAACUUGCCAGAUAUCCUACUUGAGUACGUAACACUUUAAGCAUAUUUUAUUCGUUAUUACGAUAUUAUUUAAUUCACCGUAUUGUGUGCUACCGUUGUGUUUAGCCACAAAGAAUCUCUGCAAUGCUGUUGAGGGAUGUCUAGCCGUCUGUUGACUGGUGGAGAAUGUCCACAAGGUGUCCUGGAUGUUGUUGAAGGCGCUAUUGGCUACCUUGCUUUGUCGGUUGGAUAUACAGCCAUUGAAUAUGCUGCACUGAGAGUGCUUUCAAAUCUUUUCUUCUCAUUUACUGAAGACUUAGCUGUUUCUUCACUUAUGAAUGCUGAAAGCACUGGAAGAAUGUCAAUCCUUUUGAGCGAUAUCGUACUUGGAUUAAUAGAUUUGGGGUUUGAUGUUUCAGGCCUAAAUGAAAUCCCCCGUAAACGCAUGUACAGAGGAUGUAAAGAACCUGUUGCCAUUGGCGGUUCACAAAAGAAAGGUGUUUCAUGCUCUGCAGUAUUGGGUCCAGGUGGGACGACAAUUAUUCCUCGACCGUUGUCUUUACGUCUUAAUUGGUCGGGCAAUCCUCGUCUUGGUGCAAUGGGAUCUACAUGUACUUCUAAUUCAGGUGCUUCAGACCAACUGUCAUCUUCUUUACCACCUCCAGCUCCUGCACACCUACAGCUUCCGUCAAUACCUGAACCACACACCUUUGUAACCACACGAGUUAGGCGUGCACCAAUAGCUUCCGAUCCAGCUUCAUUACGCCGUCGUGUAGCUGAACAGCGUCGUGAAGUUCAACAGUCCUUGAUUCGAUUUCUGGGUCGUGUUCAGCCCGUUCAGUAUCUGUUUCCCGGUGAUGCAGAAUCAUUUAUGCUGAUAACUCCAAAAACUUCUCAUCGUCCGUACUUAUCAGCUUUACUCGCUGGUGCAUCAACAAUUAAGGAUGAACAAAGUUCUAAACCAAACACGUUGACAAGGAGCGUCUCUGAUCAACCUGCUGUGGUGAAAAAUCGAUUUUUGCUAAAACCGAAAUUCCCUGAAUAUUGA